AUGGCAAAGGGUCUCCCAAUAAUGGAUACUUUUUCUAAUCAAGGCUUAAAAGUGGACAGGAUUUGCUCCCGUUGUGGGGAUGCAAAUGAGACAACUCUUCACUUAUUUCUUGAGUGUGCGGAGAGCAAUAUUAUGUGGCGUUUAUCACUUGUGAGACUUGAUACGACCCUCUUUAGUUUCUCAAAUUUUUAUGACUGGUGUGUUGACAUGAUUUAUAAGUGUAAAGUGGCUCAUAGCUGGGAAACAGUUAUGAUGAUCAUAUGGAAAAUAUGGGGUAUGAGGAGUUCGUGGGUCUUUGAAAAGAAAAAAAUUGAUCCUAUGGCAGAUUGUUCAAAAGCUAUGGCUUUUCUUGACAAUGUUGGGGAUAUCAUAAUGACUGCAAGUAUGAGUAUCUCUAUUGAGUGUUCCCCCUUAGAAGCUGAAGCUCAGGCUGUUUUGUUUGGUCUCACUCUGGCAUAUGACGUUGGUCUGAGAAGAUUAGAGGUGGAAUCUGAUUGCCUUCAGCUAGUGAAGAUGCUCCAAGGGAUUGUACAAGAGAAAUAUGCAUCUCAACUUAUUGUCUUUGAUGCUUUAAGUCUGACUAGUAUUUUAGAAUCUUGCAGUUUUGCCUUUUGUCUUAGAUUAUUUAACAAGGUUGCUCAUCUCAUUGCUAAGUCCUCUAUGACCAAUGAGUUAAGAGUGUUAAUGGAGGACUGUACUCUUGAUGUGUUGCCUGCUAUCCUUGGAGACAAGGAUAAUAUGUAA